AUGGCCGCACCCGACGUCUCCGCCUCCUCAGAUCCCGCACUUUCCUCGAACAAUGUGGGGUUGGCUUCAGGAGUUGCAGGGGUGUUGUUGGAGAAGGGACCGUUGAGUGUGGGUCCCAUUGCUUUGGAAGAUGGAGAACCGCAGCUUCCGGUCGCUUCCGAAAGCAUUCUAGCCUCUUUGGAGGAUGCCCAGGGCCCUGGCGAGGAGCUGCCGGGCGAUGUACCUUCUCAGCCGGCCGAGCCGGUCCGGGAAGAGCAUUUGGCAAAUUAUGACUUCGAUGAGCAAGAGGAGCUAGAGUAUUAUCGAGAAUAUGACAAUGGGUUUAGUGAGGCCUUGCGAAACCUUUCCGCUGAUGCAGAAGCUGAGGCUGCUCUUGACAGGGCGCUCCACAGUCUUGUAGGUAGUGAGGAAUGCAUGAGCGAAGUGACCGAACAGGUGUCGGCAUGCAGUCGUGAGGCCGAUCCUGUCUUUGUACAAGAGCAGGUCAUGAACGAGCUUGUACGGCACCCAGUGCCACCACGAGGAUUUCAGCUUCCGUGGGAGCGAGGUCCCAUGAAGAGCAUCUUUGCCGAUAACUUGCCGAGCUUGCCAAGCUUGAAAGGGAUGCCACGACGUAGCAUGCCGGAGCCUCCCCCCGUUGUGAUUGCACCGAGUCUUUCGCCAGCAGCCAAACUGCCCUCGCCGUCCGACCCAAUCUUUAAGCUAGUUGUGAAGGUUGUUAAAGAUGUGGGAUAUCUUGAACGCCGUGAGGAGUUGCUUCAGGUUGGAAUCCGCAAGUUGGCCAUCAACUUAGAGCUAGUGGGUAACGCCUUUGUUCCCCCGGAGCUUCUGCACCAAGGGCAAGUCGACGCUGAGUCGCUGGAAGCGGCAAUCGGGGUGAGGUCACAAGCUCUCGAGUCGAAUGCACCGACGCUGCAUGAGCAGGAUCAGGUACCAAGGAUGGACGUGGCGUGGCCGCGUCACGAAAUUGAUCAAACUCUUUGCAACAAGUUGCAGAAAGCUUUCAGUGAUCCUUGCAAUCUUGCCCUUGCUUGUUUUGAUGAAGGGAGCACCACUGAUUUGGUGGAGGAUGCAUUGCAAGGACAAUACCCACCAGAGAAGAGGCGCAGACUUGCUAGCAAGCUUCAUCAGUGGAGCCUCGACGUUGAACCGAGGGUCAAGCGUGAGUUCACUUUCCGUGCCGGCUCUUUGAAAAUGCUGGCAACUCGGGUGACUGUGCCGAAGAAUGAUGUUGGUGCUGAGUUCGAUUCCUUGGUUUCUAAGAAUCCACAAGUUGGAGUGCGCAUCUUGGAACAAGCAUUGCGGCAGAGGCGAUUGGGUUCCGACACCAGUCGCCAGGCGAGGGAAGAAAUCAGUCGCAGGAGGUGGAUCCUAGAGCUGGCCAAGGUCAUUCGUGAGGCCGGUUUUCCAGCUGCAUCCCGUAUUGAUGCCAUGAGCAAUCCUGAGGCUGCAUGGGUUCGUGCUUUUGGCUCCCGUCGAGCAAAGACUUUAAAGAAUCGUGCCGUGGUGUGGCACAAGCUGGCGGAGUGGCUGCAGGCUACAUACUCGGUGUGCUGGCCUCAGUCUGCAGAAGUCGUGCUACAGUAUCUUGAGGAGAGGCAUGAGAUUUCACCAUUGGGCAAAACUGUCCCGGGGGGAGUUCUCUCCUCACUGGGUCUUUUGGAGCAAGUUGGUCAGGUGGAUGUUCCCAGCCGUCUGAGUGAGGAUACGCUGCUUAUCGAGGGUGUUCGUUCCUGGAAGGUUGAGCUUGAGAAGGACUCGGCGCCAGUUAAGCAAGCGCCCAUGUUUCCAGUGAUUAUAUUGCUGGCGUGUGAACUUGUGGUGUGCAACACUUCAGCUGACACGUGGAGCAGAUUCUACGCCUUCGUUAUCCUCCUUCAGGUGUGGGCUACGUUGCGCGUGGAUGAUCUUCAGAAUAUCAACCCGGCGAGCAUAACUUUGUCACAGCUUGGGCUCAAAAUGACUCUGGACAGGACGAAAACAUCAGGUGCCGGGAAACAUGUCGGCAGGCUGCAAGCGUUCGUCAUGCGAGGCAUUAGUUUAUCUGGAUUCGACUGGAUUGGUCAUGGCUACCGGUUGCUGAAUUCGGAGGCCCUCAAGUUUGAGCGGGACUUUCUGUGUGUUCGUUUCUGCGGGGACAGGGACACUGCUAGCCAAGUUUUUAUCGACAAUGAGGAGGGGGAUUUGCAUGCAUGGUUAUCUAGCUUCGCGGUCCAACAGAACUUCGAGUUGCAGAUGGCCGAAUUUGAUUCAGCCCGCGAGCCAGCUUCGGACCUCAGUGAUCCUGGUUUCUGGGAUGGUCUUUUCUCGGAGAUCAAGUCUGGGUCGUGGGACGUUGUUUUGCUUACUCCGCCGGCAUCCACAUUCUCGCGUGCUCGCAACAGGCAUGCUGGGCGCAAUGGUCCAAGACCAGUGCGGGAUAUCACUUAUCCGUGGGGAUUCCCUUGGCUGCGCAAUGCAGAUAGAGAACUAGUUUCUGUUGCAAAUUUUCAUGUCAAGCAGUGUUUGCAGGCAGCUACAUUUCAGGCACAAGCUGGCGGCUCAUGGUUGCUCAUUCAUCCUGAGGAUUUGGGCGUUUCGUCUUCGGGGUCACACCCGGCGAGUCUUUGGCAGCUGCCUGAGGUAAGAGCUAUUGUAUCGAAGGAAUGUUUCAGCUUCGCUUUGCACCUGUGCCAUUUUGGCGCACCCGCGCAAUUGUCCACGCGGAUUGCCGGGAACCUGGCAGCUUGGAAUCACCAUGGAGUCCAGUGGCCGGUGUUUGAUUCAGGCGGGCACUACAUUGGUCCGCUGCGGCCUUGCCAGGUUCACGAUCAUUCUUCUACCGUCGGCUGGGACGGCACUGCCUGGCGCUCUGCAUUCAGCUACCCCUCAGUAUUCUGUGAGUUCCUGGCAAGAGCUGUGGCAUCGGGUGCGAAUUCAACAUUUGCCACAGACUCAGCUGCACUGCCUGAGCUUCCGCAUGCGGCUGAGGCUUUUGCUCGCGAGGUCAUCGCGAAACCAAGCAUUUUGGCAUGUGACAUUGAAACCAUGUUCAGCCUGCUUCCUCACGAACCACCCCAUGCCGGUUCUCAGGCAAGCUCAGGCACAGCUUUCUUCACUGGUGCAUGCAGUUUGGGAGGUAUCGCUGGACUUCGUGCGAAUGCAAGCAAGUUUCCACUUGCCACACAGGUGCUCUGUGCCUUCUUGCAUCAGGUGAAACCCGACUUUCAGUAUACGUCUUGUGCUCUUUUCAAGAAUGUGGCCACGCAGCCACACAGAGAUGCGAGAAAUGCGACUGGCACGAAUCUCAUUGUGCCGAUUAGCUCCUUCAAGAACGGAGGUAUCUGGUGCGAGGACCCUGCAGGCAAAGUUCCAUUCCACUGCGAAGGAGUCACACGCUUGGGAACUUGUCUUGAGGUUGCAUCUGGACCUGUGAUCCUUGAUGCCAGGGAUCGUCUGCAUGCGACCCUUGAUUGGCAGGGCGAUCGUCUCGUGCUCAUCGCAUACUCAGUUUCGCAGUGGCAUGCGCUUUCUUCGCAUCACAAGGAUUUCCUGAGUUCCUUGGGUUUCAGGCUGCCGGUUUCCGGCCUUGCAAGCGCAGGGGAACUGAAGGCCUCAAAACCGACAGCCCAGGCAGUGCCGAGUGAGGUAACAACUUCAAGAAAGGUAGUUCCCCCACUUGAGGUAGUCCCAUCUUCGUCCAAGGUAGUCCUUUCUUCACCCGAGGUAGUUUCUUCUGGUGCUGUGGCUCGGCUAGGCGCCCCCCAGGAGGGGUCCACUCCUGGGGCCCCGGUUCUUUCGGUUGCACCCGCUCUCCCCGUGUCGCACGAGCCUUUAGAUGCGGUGGGCAAGUACUUCAAUGGCGAGAAGGUCAGCAAGCGGCAGCGGACUGAGGACAAGACGAGCUGGUGA